UAGCGGCAAUGAGAGCCUCAAGAAGAAGAAGAUGAAGAGAGAGAAAGAGGAGAGAGAGCGACGCCAUAACCAUUUCCUUCGAAAAGCAUAGGAUUUCACGCAGAGAGAGAGAGAGAGAGAUUAAUCUCUGCUUCCUUUGCACUUUCUCUGGAUGAAUAAUUUUACAGGCUAAGUUUUAGAAAGGAAAAGCCAAAAAGGCCAAAAAAAAAAGGUGGAGAAAUUUCGUCAGAAAAUCAAUCAAAUCCAUCUACAUUUCAGAAAAAACCAUGAGUUUUCUUCAUUUUCUCUCUCUCUCUCUCUCUCUCUGAGCACAUGAAGCUAUAGAAGAAUCUUCCAGAGCUCGCAAACAUUCCUUGAAAAAGACUGAAUUAUCAAUUUCCAAGAUGAUGAUUGCCCUGUUAAGUUUGGUUGGUCCUUAUGUUUCGAGAGAACCCUGCAAGAUGUUUUGCCUCGUUCAACGCUCUGAAUCUUAAUGCAUUGGCCAAAUAGUGCAGAUUAAGUGAGGUUGAGAUAUGGGGGCUGUUGGUGGAGAGGAGCUAAUGCAAGGGCCGGGUGGCCGGGAGGAGAAAAUCUUUGUUUCAAUUCGGCUACGGCCUUUGAAUGAGAAGGAGGCUUCAAGGAAUGAUGUGUCAGAUUGGGAAUGCAUCAAUGACGACACUAUCAUAUACAGGAACAACCUUUCAGUUUCCGAGCGCUCUAUGUACCCAACUGGCUAUACAUUUGACAGAGUAUUUAGCUUUGAUUGCCCCACAAGGCAGGUGUAUAAAGAAGGAGCCAAGGAUGUCGCUCUUUCAGUUGUCAGUGGUAUAAAUUCGAGCAUUUUUGCAUAUGGACAAACAAGCAGUGGAAAGACUUACACCAUGAGUGGAAUUACUGAGUACACUGUUGCGGAUAUCUAUGACUACGUAAAUAAGCACAAUGAAAGAGAGUUUGUUAUGAAGUUCUCUGCUAUGGAGAUAUACAAUGAAUCUGUGAGAGACCUACUUAGUGCAGAUAGCACUCCUCUUAGACUUCUUGAUGAUCCAGAGAGAGGGACUGUUGUUGAGAAGCUUACAGAGGAAACUCUGAGGGACUGGAACCAUUUCAAAGAACUUUUAUCUGUUUGCGAAGCGCAAAGACAGAUAGGGGAGACAUCCCUAAAUGAAGCAAGUUCCAGAUCUCAUCAGAUUCUCAGACUGACGAUUGAAAGUUCAUCGCGAGAGUUUAAAGGCAAUGACAAAUCAAGCUCCCUUUCAGCUACUGUGAACUUCAUCGAUCUUGCAGGAAGUGAGCGUGCAUCUCAGACAUUAUCAGCUGGUACGAGGUUGAAAGAAGGUUGCCAUAUAAAUCGCAGCUUACUAACUCUGGGCACUGUUAUCCGUAAGCUCAGCAAAGGAAGAAAUAGUCACGUUCCCUACAGAGAUUCAAAGCUAACCCGCAUACUGCAGUCCUCUUUAGGGGGCAAUGCUAGAACUGCCAUUAUUUGUACCUUGAGCCCUGCCCGAAGCCAUGUUGAACAGUCAAGAAAUACCCUCUUGUUUGCUAGUUGUGCUAAAGAAGUAACAACCAGUGCACAGGUCAACGUAGUAAUGUCGGAUAAAGCACUGGUGAAGAAGUUGCAAAAAGAAUUGGCCAGAUUGGAGAAUGAGUUGAGAUGUGCAGGAACAGCUAUUGAUUCUGCUGGAUUACUGUGGGAGAAGGACCUUCAGGUUGAAAAGCUCAAGAAAGAGAUUUCAGAGGUCACUCUACAACGCGAUGCUGCUCAGUCUCAGGUCAAAGAUUUGCUACGAGCAGCUGAAGAAGAUAGACCGUCAGUGUCGGUUGACCUAUAUCAGUAUUACCCCAAAUUGCGAGUGCGGAGUUCAUGGGACUUUGAAAAUCGAACACCACGGACUCAUAUUUUUAAUGGCUCCCAAAACCUCAACAGCUGCACUAGAUCGUCUGAUACAUCUCAGAACUCAGAUGCGCAGAGCAGUAAUUGCGAGGAGAACUUUUUCCAAAUACCUGACUUUGAUGAGAAUUCCCUGCCCACAAACUCUUCCUCUCCACGCUUGUCAGUUAGAAUUCCAAAUUUCAUUGAAAUUGAUCUGAACCAGGACGAGAGCAGAGAACAUUCUGAUGGAAAUCUGGAUGACCUUUGCAAGGAAGUUCGAUGCAUUGAGGUGGAAGAGCCAAGCACAAACAGACAUGUAGAGUCAAAUGUAUCAGAUUCUAGCCCAACGAGAUUUAUCAACUCGAAUGUGUCAUCUCCCAAUGCGAAAUCAACUAUUUCAGGAUUAGUUGUGUUUGAGAAGGAAGUUAGUGCGAAUGAAGAAUUGGGAUCACCUGCUUUGAAGAAAACCGAAGAUGCGAACAGCUUCCAAUCAGUGUUCCAAAUUCCAUCUCAUGAAAAAACCCCCUCUCAAUGGCUAAUGGAGAAAGAUCUGUCUGGCUUCAAAGGCUUGAAGCUAACAAGGAGCAGAAGUUGCAAAGCACGUCUAACUACUACUUUGUAUUCGCAUUGGUUUGAGAGGGAAGAAAAGGAUGAGAGCACGCCACCAAUUACAUUUGAUAGAACUUUCACAGGAAGACCUGAGGGUUUCCAGAAGAAAGUUCCCGCAUUGAACUAUGGUCCUGAUAUUGGAACGUUAUCAAGAAAUGUUUCCCUGGAAACGGUGUCAAAAAGUGGUUCUCAGGAGAAAUUAUCAACAAAUGAUUCUCAGGAGAAAUUAUCAAGAAACAGUUCUCAACGUUCUCACGAAAAGUUAUCAAGAAGUGGUUCUCAGGAGAUAUUGUCAAAAAAUGGUUCUCAAGGUUCUGCUAGGAUUGCUGGUGUUGAUGAACUAAAAACACCGGAAAUCGAAGCUUCAAAUGAUAACGAGAGUACUAGCAUCAGUACUUCAGCUGGUGGAGUGGAGGAAAUAGUAGAUUACUCAUGUGAGAAACCACUUGCUGAUUCUGAGAUCCCGGAGACAGAGGAAAAGCUGAUGGUAUCGACAAGGAGUGUAAAAGAUGUUGGCUUGGACCCGAUUCAGGACGAUGUGGGAAAUCCUCCAAAGUGGCCUUCAGAAUUCAAGAGGCUCCAAAGAGAGAUUAUCGAGUUCUGGCAUGCUUGCAACGUGUCAUUGGUUCACAGGACUUAUUUCUUCUUAUUAUUCAGAGGCGACCCAACGGAUUCUAUUUACAUGGAGGUGGAGAUGAGAAGGCUGUCUUUCCUCAAAGACACAUUUUCUCGCGGCAAUCAAACUGUAGAGGAUGGUCGAACUCUAACUUACGCAUCAAGCAUUAGGGCACUGUGCCGCGAGAGGCUGAUGCUCAGUAAGCAAAUGCAAAAGAAGCUCUCUAAACAUGAAAGAGAGAACAUCUACCUAAAGUGGGGUAUUGGGUUAAACACAAAACACAGGAGGCUGCAGUUGGCCCACCGCUUGUGGACUAACACAAAAGACAUGGACCACAUCACAGAAAGUGCCACCAUAGUUGUGAAGCUCGUGGGAUCGGGAGAGCCAGACCAAGCUUCCAAGGAGAUGUUUGGGCUCAGAUUUACCCCGAGACGCACAAGCGGGAAAUAUCAUGGACUAAAACAGGGUGUCAAGGCUCUUCUUUAAACCUGUUUUGAAUCAAUGAUUCCUUUGGAUCUCUUUACCUAGAUGAGUAUGAUUCUUUUAGAGAUUCCCCAACCCAAUAUCAUGGACAAAAACAGGGUGUCAAGGCUCUUCUUUAAACCUGUUUUGAAUCAAUGAUUCCUUUGGAUCUCUUUACCUAGAUGAGUAUGAUUCUUUUAGAGAUUCCCCAACCCAAACAAUCGUUUGCUUCAGAUUGUAAGAAAUCUUGUAAAUCUGUCCUAGUUAGAAAUGAGGCAUAAAUUUUAGUUUGAUGCUUUCAACUUUUUCCUCGUCAUUGUACUUUGAACUAAUGAUGAACGUGGACAUAUAUGAGUGUCAUUUAUGGCAUUUCACCGGUUGAAGUUUAUACAUGCCUUUCCAAGGGCAUAGGUUUAGCAUACAUGGGUAAAUUUUAUUUCAGAUAAAUACAAGGGAGUUG